GUGAAGUAAAAUAUAUAAAUUUAAAAAAAGAAAAAACAGAGACAGAGACAAAUUGUGCAGACAGCAGCGGCAAACAAACAAACAAAAUUUUAACAACAUCCGCACAUCCCCUGGCUCCUCUUGCUGCUGCUGCAGCAGCAGCAGCAGCAGCAACAGCGACAGCAGCACCAGCAGUAGCAGAACCAGCAGUAGGAGAAGCAACUGCACCUGCUGCUGCAGCAGCAGCAACAACAGCUGCAGCACCUGCUGCAGCAGCAACAGCAGCAAUAGAGGCAACAAUCGCAGCAGCAGCACCUGCUGCAGCAACACCUGCUGCAGCAACACCUGCUGCAGCAACACCUGCUGCAGCAGCAACUGCAGCAACGGAAACUGAGGCAGAAUUAACUGCAGCUGCAGCAACGGCGGCAGAGCCUGGUGCAGCAGCACCUGUUGUAGCAGCAACUGCAGCAGCAGCAGCUGCUGCAGCAGCAUCUGAAUCCGUAAUAAACGUCAACGCAGAAACCGUAGCUCAAGAAUCAACGGACGAUGCAGCACAAGGGACAGCAGCAGGAACAGCAGAGGAGGCUGCUGCAGCAGAAGCAGCAGCAGCAGCAGCUGUUGCUGCAACGGAAGCAGCAGCAGCACCUGAAAGAUGGUUUGCAGACACCAUAGAAGGAGACAGGGGAGAACCCCGGGAGCAGCAGCAGCAGCAACAUCAGCAUCAGCAGCAACAGCAGCAGCAGCAGCAGCAGGAAGCGAAGGAGCAGACUUAG